GCUCUGUACCGGUGAUCAUGUGAGAUGCGAAUUCCUGUGUGCGUGUCCAGCUCUUAACUAGUGCCUCUUUGGUUUUGAUUUAUUUAGGGGUGAAAAAUGGUGCAGCGCCUGACAUACCGCCGUAGGUUGUCCUACAACACAGCUUCCAACAAGACCAGACUGUCCCGAACACCCGGGAACAGGAUUGUUUACCUUUACACCAAGAAAGUGGGAAAGGCCCCCAAGUCAGCAUGUGGGAUUUGCCCAGGAAGACUUCGUGGUGUCCGUGCUGUGCGCCCCAAAGUUCUGAUGAGGCUGUCAAAAACGAAGAAGCACGUUAGCAGAGCCUACGGUGGCUCCAUGUGUGCCAAGUGUGUCCGUGACAGGAUCAAACGAGCUUUUCUUAUUGAGGAGCAGAAGAUCGUUGUGAAAGUGUUGAAGGCACAAGCACAGAGCCAGAAGUCAAAGUGAAUCUAUUUGUAGUUUCAGCCCAAUAAAUGAAAUCUCCACUUC